AUGAAAUUAGAAGAGCUUACUUACAAAAAGGCCCUUGUCAGCCUAGAAAUCAUGAUAUCCCUUAAAAGAAAUUUGGAAAAGAGUCAAGACAAUUCAACCCGGCAUGGUUUUUCAAAUUGGAAGAAAAAGGAAAGAUUUCAAGUUCAUGUUGGAGGUCCCAACAUUUCCCAUAACCAAGCUCUGAAAAAAUGUCAAGCCUUAAUGAAUGAAAAACAACAUAUUGAAAAUGUUUUCCAUAAGAACUCACAUCAAUCUCAAAUUGACUACAAAAUCAGAUUGAAUGCAUCUGUUGAUUGUAUUAGAUUUCUUCUACGACAAGGUCUUGCCUUUCGUGCCCACGAUGAGUCUGAGGAUUCAAGCAACCAAGGUAAUUUUCUUGAGCUUUUGCAAUUUCUUAUUGAUCACAAUGAGGAAGUUAGAGUUGUUGCUUUGAAAAAUGCUCCUGAAAACCUUAAAGUAACUUCACCUAAGAUUCAGAAAGACAUUGUCAAUGCUGCAGCAGUUGAAACUACUGAUGCUAUUAUUAGAGAUAUGGAUGAUGCAUUAUUUUCUAUUUUAGUUGAUGAAUCUCGUGAUGUAUUAGUAAAAGAGCAGAUGGCUGUUAUGUUUCGUUACGUAGACAAGAAAGGAUGUGUGAUUGAACGAUUACGAGGUCAAGGUUAUGAUGGGACCAGUAAUAUGAGUGGAGAGUUCAAUGGUCAGAAGACACUUAUUAUGAGGGAAAAUGAGUCUGCUUACUAUCACAGCCUCAUAGGUGCUUUCUUCACCUUAGUUUCUAAUGUGGUAAAUAUUGUUGGAGCAUCCUCGAAGCGUCGUGACAUUCUUUGGGAUAAACAAGCUCUCAAAGUAGCUAAAGCAUUGACCAAUGGGGAGCUUUCUAGUGGGAAAUGUUUAAAUCAAGCAACAGAGAUUAAGCGCACUUUGCUUUUGAUGAGGAAUAUACUUGGAAUCACAAAUGCAUUGUCACAAGCCUUACAGAGGGAUGAUCAAGAUAUUGUGAAUGCCAUGGAUUUAGUUGAAUUAUGUAAGCAACAAUACUAG